AUGUCAUCAUCAUCGUCAAAGUCGGUGGAAGAGCAACUGCCUCGGGAUGUUGAGAAGCAAAACGACCACAUAGAACCCGCCAGUAGCGGUCACUCGGACAGCGACGAAACCAAGCAAUCCAAAGAACACGAUGUGAGCGCCGAGGCAGGCGAGGAGGAGGACUGGAACGUACCACCGGAACCAGAUAUCUUGGAUACGGACGCCGAAGGUGUCGGUGGCACAAUUGCCAGAGUGCUCAGCCGAAUAUCCACGAAUGCAAGUUGGAAUCCGGGCCCGCCACCGGACGGUGGUCGGGCGGCAUGGAUAUGCGCACUAUGCGGCCAUCUUGUGAUUGCAAACACUUGGGGUUUUAUUAAUAGCUUUGGUGUUUUUCAAUCCUACUACACCUCGCUCCUAGGACGUCCACCAUCUGAUGUCUCAUGGAUCGGUUCGAUACAGAUCUUCUUGACCUUCUUUACAGGAACUUUUACAGGCCGAAUCACAGACGCCGGUUUCUUCAGGCCGAUCCUGCUUCUAGGAACCGUUUUGAUUGCUCUGGGAAUCUUCACCACUUCGGCUGCCACACAAUACUGGCAGUUCAUCUUGAGCCAGGGAAUAUGUAUGGGACUAGGCAACGGUUGUCUGUUUUGCCCGGCCAUCUCUGUUGUCUCGACAUAUUUCGAGAAGAAGCGGUCCCUAGCCAUUGGCAUCACGGCAGCCGGCUCGGUGACGGGAGGACUCGUGUUUCCUGCCAUGGCGCGGCAGCUGCUUCCGUCGAUUGGAUUCGGCUGGACCAUUAGAGCCAUAGGUUUCGUCCAGGUCGGCACUCUUCUCAUUACCAAUUGCUUCAUGAAGUCCCGGCUACCGCCGCGAAGGACAGGCAGUAUCGUCGAGUGGGGCGCCUUCAAGGAGCCCGAAUAUGUCUUUUAUGCCCUUGGCAUGUUCUUUAAUUUCUGGGCCGUCUACUUUGGCUUCUACUACAUUGCCUCGUUUAGUCGCACCGCCAUCACCCCGACCCUCUCGUACACGGACUCGCUUAACCUCCUGCUCCUCAUGAACGGCAUCGGGCUCAUUGGCCGACUGCUGCCCAACCACUUUGCCGACACGGUGGGGCCGCUCAACAUCAUGAUCCCGACGUGCCUCAUCACGGGCGUGGCGCUGCUGUCGUGGAUCGCCGUGCACACGCCGGCGCAGCUCUACGCCUGGACCGUCUUUUACGGCAUCGCGGCCGGCGGCAUCCAGUCCCUGUUCCCCGCGGGCCUGUCGAGCCUGACCACGGACCUGCGCAAGCGCGGCACCCGCAUGGGCAUGACGUUUACCAUUGUCAGCUUUGCCGUGCUCACCGGCAACCCCAUUGCCGGUGCCAUCAUCACGGCCGAGGGAGGGGGGUACAUCGGCGCUCAAGUCUUUACCGGCGUGAGCAUCUUGGUGGGUAUGACGUUGAUUUUCCUCGUGCGGGUCUCGCGCCAGAGAAGGUUGAAAUGUGGUUGGAGAUUGAAGAUGUAA